AUGUCAUCGCUCGUUAGCUACGAGCCGUACGUCGACGAAUGCACAGACCUGUUCAGCCAGCGCCUCCAGGAGGUAGCGAGUGCGGGUGCGUAUGCCGACAUGGGGCAUUGGCUGCAAUGCUAUGCCUUCGAUGUUAUUGGAUUGAUCACAUACUCGAAGCGACUGGGCUUCUUGGAUAGGGGUGAGGAUAUCCGUGGCGUGAUUGCGGCUCUCGAAGAUCACCUGUGGUACGCUACCUUUACGGGCAUCUUCUCCUGGCUGCACAAAUAUCUCUUUCCCAUCCGAAAUUGGCUGGCUGGUCCGACAGGCACUGGGAGGGCGUAUGUCAUGAAGUUCACGCAAGAGCGUAUUGCAGAACACGAGAAGGAGGAGACCAAAGCCAUUCCUGUCGAUGGCAUGGAGGAAGGCAAGACGAGCAUGGACUUCCUUUCCAAAUUCUUCAAGAAGAACGCAGAUGACCCCAAGGCGUUUACAAUGUACCAUCUCAGCAUGGGCUGCGUUUCGAACAUGGUCGCUGGUUCAGAUACUACAGCAAUCAGUCUCUCCGCAAUCCUCUACUACCUACUCAAGUUCCCGCAAACAUUCGAGACUCUGCGUCAAGAGAUCGACGAGCGGCAGCGCGAAGGCAAGAUUGGCCACUACAUCACAUUCAAGGAAAGUCAGGAAAUGCCGUAUCUUCAAGCCGUCAUGAAGGAGGCGCUGCGAAUGCACCCGGCUACUGGCCUACCACUCGAGCGCGUGGUACCCGCUGGAGGAGCGAGCAUAUGUGAUCAGUUCUUUCCCGAGGGCACUAUUGUCGGAAUCAACUCCUGGGUGGCUCACCGCAACACAUCUGUUUUCGGCCCUGACGCAGACGUGUUCAGACCUGAGCGCUGGCUCAGCUCCGAUAAAGAAAAGCUUAGUCUCAUGGACCGCAACUGGAUGCCGUUUGGUCUAGGCUCACGAACGUGCAUCGGAAGACAUAUUUCGCACUUGGAAAUGUCCAAGCUAAUCCCCAUGCUGGUGCGCGACUUUGAUUUUUCGCUCGCCCCCCACCUGCAGGCUGCAGAUUGGGAAACGACGAAUUACUGGUUCGUCAAGCCGAGGGAUUUCCAAGUCAAGGUCAUGGUAAGGCGACAGGGUCUCUGA